AUGUUCUAUUCGUGUUAUUAUUUCUUUCUUUCUUUCUUUCUUUCUUUCUUUCUUUCUUUCUUAGAUUUUGUUCAGUUCGCAUUUUCUUUUUUUUACUUUUUCUUUCUUAGUUUUGAUUUCAUUCCUUAUUAUUUCUUUUUUUUAAUUAGUUUUUGCUUCAAUCACACAUUCUUUUUUUCUUUCUUUUUUAGAUUUGGCUUCAUUUCUUCUCAACAGAUCCUUUCUUUGUGUUUUACUUUUCCUCCUUUUUUUCUUUCUUUCUUUCUUAUCUUAAUUUUAUUCUUUCUUUCUUUCUUUCUUUCUUUCUUUCUUUGUCUUUCCUUCAUUUUCUCAUCCUUUUUACUUUCUUUAUUAGUUUUUGCUGAAUUCCUUCUUUCUUGCUUCGUUAUUUUUUCUUUCUUAGUUUUAAUUUUAUUCUUUCUUUCUUUCUUUCUUUCUUUCUUUCUUUCUUUCUUAGAUUUUCCUUCAUUCCCUCUUUUUUAUCUUAUUUUUCUUCAUUCCCUCUUUUUUAUCUUAGUUUUUUCUUCAUUUUUUAACACAUUCUUCCGUAAUUUUUUGAUUACUUCCCUCUUUCUUUUUCUUUUCUUUUUUAGUUUUUGUUUCAUUACUUUUAAUUCAUUCUUUCUGAAUAUUUUUUAUUUUCGUUCUUUCUUUCCCUAUUUUUUCAUCUUUCAUUUUUCUUUCCCUUUACUAUGUUUCUUCUUCUUUGUUUCAUUUUUAUACACAAUUCGUCUUGCUUUCUUUUUAGUUUUUCUUUUUUUUCUUUCUUUGUUUAUUAAUUUUUGCUUCAUUCCCUCUUUCUUUUUCUUUCUUUUUUAUUUUUGCCUCAUUUUUUUACCACAUUCUUUCUUAAUUUUUUACUUUCGUUCUUUUUCAUUUUUGCAUCAUUCCAUUUUCUUUCUUUCUUUAUUAGUUUUUUUGCUUCAUUUCUCUUUCCUUCUUUUCUUUCUUAUUUUUGCUGAAUUCACUCUUUUUGUUUCUUUUUUUACUUUUUCUUUAUUAGUUUUUCUUUCAUUCCUUUUACUUUCUUUCAUUCUUAAUUUUCGCACAAUUCCCUCUUUCUUUCUUUUUAAAUUUCUUUUUCUUAGCCUUUUUUUUCAUUCCUUUUUGUUUUUUCUUGUCUUUAUAACUGUUGCCUCACUCCCUCUUCUUGGUCUCAUUCACUGUCCCCUCGUCGGCAUAUUCCUUUAUAAUUUUUGUUUAAUUCCCUCAUUAUUUCUUUUUUUUACUUUUUUUUCAUAUUUUUCAUUUCAUUCCUUUUUUCUUUCUUUCUUUCUUUCUUUCUUUCUUUCUUAUUUAUGUUUUUAUUCCAUUUUCUUUCUUUCUUUGCUUAAUUUCUCUUUAACACAUCCUUUCUUCAUUUUUUUUUACUUUCUUUCUUUCUUUCUUUCUUUCUUACUUUCUUUCUUCAUCGUUUCUCAUUAUCUUUUAUUUCUUCUACCUUUUCCGCAACCUAUUUCUUCUUACAUUCCAUCUUUUUUCUUACAUCCGACUUUAUCUCUCUCCAUUCCUUUUCCUACUCCUCCUUCUACUCCUCCUCCCCCCUCUCUCUCUUAUUUGUUCAUCUGCGGACAGACAUAUCUUCUUCGGAAGUUCCCCUUUUUUUAUAUUUCAUGUUUUAUUUCUAUUUUCAUUCAACAUUCUUCCAUCUUUUCUUCUUUCUUUCUCUUUCUUUUUCUUUCUUUCUUUUUCUUUCUUUCUUUCUUUUUCUUUCUUUCUUUCUUUAUUUCUGUUUUAUAUUACCAUUCUUACCUCUGUUCACCUCUCUCUAAAUAUGUUCUCAUCUAUCUAUCUAUCUAUCUAUCUAUCUAUCUAUCUAUCUAUCUAUGUUUAUUCAUAUCUAUCUUUCUUUCUAUCACAGUCUAUUCAUAUCUAUCUAUCUAUCUAUCUAUCUAUCUAUCUAUCUAUCUAUCCCAGUUUAUUCAUAUCUAUCUAUCUAUGUCAGUCAAAUUAUAUCCUUCUCUCUUAUUUAAUUUAUAUUAG